ACACUUACGUCAUUAUUGUGCGCGACAUUCACCCGAUGCGUGACAUCUGUGGAUUUUGCUCUUACUGGUUUAUUUCUUAUUAUUUAUAGCUACGAUCAAAUUGUGUAAAAUAAUGUCGCUAGCAUUUUCCCGUUGCAUUUGCAGGGUUUUGCCCCAACACAUUGUUCAGCGAAGCUCACUGGCAGAGGGUCAUGCUGCAAGAACCGCUCUUUAUGUUCCAGCAAUGACCCUGAGGACAACAGCCCCGUUAAGAGCUGAACCUAAAAAGAAGAAAAAAGUGGAUCCUAAAAGGGAGCAGAUGAUGAGAGAAAGGCUUAAGAAAAAACUGAAAAAACUGGAGAAAGUACCACCUGAACUCAUCCCAAUAGAAGACUUUAUUACACCAACUAAAUGCCUGGAUGAAGAAAGAACACGGCCUAUCUCAGCAAUUUCAUUUGAAGAGAGUGAACGCAGAGCUUUGCUACUGAAAGAGUGGUCUCGAUAUAAACAGAAGCAACACAUGGCUGAAAUGAAGGCUGUUGAAUCUGCACUUGAGUCUCAGAGAGAGGCGCUGGAGGAACUGAAGAUCACAUCUGAAGAGCUAUAUCAGGCAGCCCUAAAACCAGACUUUACUCUUCUCCCCUUCACCCAUGAGGGUCCUGCCUACACACCACCGAAAUCCAAAUAUGAAGCUCCAGACGGGAAAUACACAGAUACAACCAGGGUUUAUACUCAGUAAAAGACUGCAAGUGUUUUGCCGGGACACUGUAUUGUUAAGCAUUUGUCUCUAACUCAUCUUUAGUGUAAUAAACACAUCUUGGGGAA